CUGUAUUCUGGGGCGACAUCGCUUUAGAUGAGGAGGACCUGCGCAUGUUCCAGAUUGACAGGACGAUAGACCUCACACAGCACACACACAUGCACACACACUCCCGACAGGGGCACACAUCUGGUGGCCUGGAAGAACAUGAAGUGGCUAAGAAGAGAGGAUCUUUAUAUCUACUGCUGGAGAGAAUACGUAGGUUUGGCUUUGACUAUCUCCCAAAGAACUCCAGCAAGGGAGCUGCCAGUCCCAAGAGCCAAACUGGGAAAGGUGGGAAGACUGGGAACGUUGUGAAGAGUCGUAUUCCUCGAGCAGCCACAUCCCGAGCUGAGAGGAUAUGGCCUGGAGGAGUUAUUCCCUACGUCAUAGGAGGAAACUUCACUGGUAGUCAGAGGGCCAUGUUUAAGCAGGCCAUGCGUCACUGGGAGAAACAGACGUGCGUAACUUUCAUUGAGAAGACAGAUGAGGAAAGCUACAUCGUGUUUACCUACAGACCCUGCGGGUGUUGUUCCUAUGUGGGUCGUCGUGGCAACGGGCCCCAGGCUAUCUCCAUAGGCAAGAACUGUGACAAGUUUGGGAUCGUGGUGCACGAACUGGGUCACGUCAUUGGCUUCUGGCAUGAGCACACGCGGCCUGACCGUGACGAUCAUGUGACCAUCAUCCGGGAUAACAUCCAACCAGGCCAGGAGUAUAACUUCCUCAAGAUGGAGCCAGGGGAGGUCAACUCUCUUGGGGAGCCAUAUGAUUUUGAUAGCAUCAUGCACUAUGCCAGGAACACCUUCUCACGGGGAAUGUUCCUUGACACCAUCCUUCCAUCCAGAGAUGAAAAUGGGGUCCGGCCUGCUAUCGGCCAGCGGACCAGGCUCAGUAAAGGAGACAUAGCACAGGCAAGGAAGCUGUAUAGAUGUCCAGCAUGCGGAGAGACGCUCCAAGAGUCAACAGGCAACUUCUCGUCUCCUGGUUACCCCAACGGAUACCCUUCAUACACACACUGUGUCUGGAGAAUAUCUGUUACACCCGGAGAAAAGAUCGUUCUUAACUUCACCACCAUGGAUCUGUAUAAAAGCAGUCUGUGUUGGUAUGACUACAUUGAGGUUCGGGAUGGAUACUGGAGGAAAGCUCCACUGCUCGGCAGGUUUUGUGGAGAUAAAGUUCCUGAUGUCUUGAUCUCCACUGACAGCAGGAUGUGGAUUGAGUUCCGCAGCAGCAGCAACUGGGUGGGAAAAGGCUUUGCUGCCAUUUAUGAAGCAAUCUGUGGAGGGGAAAUCACCAAGGACUCAGGACAGAUUCAGUCUCCCAACUAUCCUGAUGACUACAGACCCUCCAAAGAGUGUGUGUGGAGGAUCACUGUGUCCGAGGGAUACAACGUUGGGCUCAGCUUCCAGGCCUUCGAGAUCGAGAGGCACGACAGCUGCGCUUACGACUACCUGGAGGUCCGAGACGGCCCUCUGGAGACAAGCCCUCUGAUUGGACGAUUCUGCGGCUACGAUAAACCUGAAGAUGUGCGCUCCACCUCACACACACUGUGGAUGAAGUUUGUCUCAGAUGGGACGGUUAACAAGGCCGGCUUUGCUGCUAACUUUUUCAAAGAGGAGGAUGAGUGUGCGAAGCCAGACAAUGGUGGAUGUGAACAGAGGUGUGUAAACACUCUUGGCAGCUUCAAGUGUGCCUGUGACCCGGGCUACGAACUAGCUCCUGACAAGAAGAGCUGUGAAGCGGCGUGUGGGGGACUCCUCUCUAAGCUGAACGGUACCAUCAGCACUCCUGGUUGGCCUAAAGAGUAUCCACCCAACAAGAACUGUGUGUGGCAGGUGGUCGCUCCCACUCAGUACCGCAUCUCCAUGCAGUUUGAGGCCUUCGAGUUGGAGGGAAAUGAGGUGUGUAAAUACGACUAUGUGGAGGUGCGGAGCGGCCUCUCAUCCGACUCUAAGCUGCAUGGUAAAUACUGCGGCACAGAGGUCCCUGAAGUCAUCACCUCUCAAUACAACAACAUGAGGAUUGAGUUCAAGUCCGACAAUACUGUCUCCAAGAAAGGCUUCAAGGCUCACUUCUUCUCAGACAAAGAUGAGUGCAGCAAGGACAACGGCGGCUGCCAGCACGAGUGCAUCAACACAGUGGGCUCUUACGUUUGUCAGUGUCGCCAUGGCUUUGUACUGCAUGAGAACAAACAUGACUGUAAGGAAGCUGAGUGUGAGCAUAAGAUCCACAGCCCCAGUGGGACCCUAAGCAGCCCUAACUGGCCAGACAAGUAUCCCAGCCGUAAGGAGUGCACCUGGGACAUCACAGCCACGCCGGGACACCGAGUCAAAAUAACCUUCAACGAGUUUGAGAUCGAGCAGCAUCAGGAGUGUGCAUAUGACCAUCUGGAGGCCUUUGAUGGGGACAGUGACACGGCAGCCAUCUUGGGUCGAUUGUGUGGCAGUAAGAUCCCGGAGCAGCUGGUUUCUACCGGCAACAAGAUGUACCUCCGCUUCAUUUCUGAUGCCUCAGUACAAAGGAAGGGCUUCCAAGCUACACACUCCACAGAGUGUGGAGGCCGUCUGAAAGCAGAAGCUCGUCAGAAGAACCUCUACUCUCAUUCCCAGUUUGGAGACAAUAAUUACCCAGGUCACACUGACUGCGAGUGGCUGCUGACGGCCGAACAGGGCUACGGCAUCGAGCUGAGCUUCAUUACUUUUGAGGUAGAGGAGGAAGCCGACUGUGGUUAUGACUACAUCGAGUUGUACAAUGGGUACGACGCCAACUCACAUAGACUCGGCCGCUUCUGCGGUUCAGGGCCCAGGGAGGGGAUCUACUCGCCCGGAGCCGCUAUGCUCAUCCGUUUCCAUAGCGACGACACAAUCAGCAAGAAGGGCUUCCACAUCCGCUACACAAGCACCAAGUUCCAGGAGAGCCUUCACACCAGGAAAUGACCUCACACGCAGCCCGCAACCUCUGACCUCUGUGCAGCCUGUUACCCUGACCUUCACCAUGGCAACGAGAAAAAGUACAGCCUGUCCCCUCUUCUCGGACCCACAGACAGAUGUGGACAUUCGCCAGCCCCCGGGAGGAAGAUGACACUUAGGUGAACAUUUGUCUCCUUCUGUGGCUCCGCACAGGUCAACGCACUCUGAGACGAGACGGGGGAAAAACAACGAGAUAUCGAUGUGAGCUUCAACAAACGGGGGGGGGGGAAACACGCUGACGAUUUGAGUGAGCCAUUUUUUGUGUGGAGGAGAUGGUCUUCAUUACUGGACAUCAAGCUACCCUCAGUGUGGGCAGAGGGGCUGCUGAGGAUCCAAAUCAGUUUACUGAGAUACUCAUGGUUGCACAAAUGCAAACAAACGAGUACAAACACACAUAAACGCAGUAGAAUUAUAUUCAGAAUUAUAAACUACGGAUGCUUGAGGAACUGAGGAGCUUCCACCUAAAAGAAAAUGCAUCCAACGAGGGAGUUUUGACUCUUUUUCGGACUCCUUGAGCUGUGCAACUUACUGUGAUCAGACGGCUGCUUGUAUCCACAGUAACUGAGAGGAAACUCUAAAUAGACAUUUUUAUUGCCUUUGAUGCCUGGGAACUGGUCUCUUCAACCCAGCUCAGAACGGCUGCAGACGAUUUUAUUUCAUGUCUUAUUGUAAAACCCAUUGUGUUUACUGUACGUGUGUCUGUGUGUACAGAGAAAAGAACAAAAAAACAAAAGGCUGAAAUCCGUCAUUUGCCCUUUUGCUUAAAGCUUAUGCAGACAACCAUUUUGGAAUGGAAAAAAAAAUAAAUAAUGCAAAUGGAGAAUUUCCAAAUGAUCUGUGAUGUUAAUGUUAAGCCUUGCAUUGUGUUGUGUGUGUCCAUGCUGUUUUUUUUUCUUUUUGCACCACCUUGUAACAAACCAAGCAACUUUCACGGAUGUUUCCAGUUUCCACCUCACCCCUCAACCCCCCCAAACAAACAGUGGAUAUCGGAAGGGAAUAUUUUCACAGCUGUCUCUCGGAGUGACACGAUUCUGAUUGAAGGAGAGAUUCCCAUGGUGCUAAAAAUAAAAAUACACUGAAUGACAGAUGACUGCGGAUGGAAAUAAAGGUUUUUCAAUAGGAGACACAGUCAGUGUGCAAACAGCACGCUGCAUCAACAGCACUAGUCCUGUGGAACUACAAUAUUGCCUUAGAACCAAAAUGUAUGCUAUCGGAGGUCGCUCCUAUGCUCUUACACAGGUGUCUUGUGUCAGCGGAGUGUUUCCAAGGUUUUUUGGCAGCGUAUUUAAUUUGUUUGGAUAUCUUGAAUGGUUUUAUUGUAAAAAAACAAACAAACAUGGGAAAUGUAGUCUGUGUGUGAGAUAGAGUGUCAAUGGUGCAUGUGUGUUGGUGUGUCAUUUUUGUAGCAGCUCUCAGAUAUACAUACACACACUUACACGUCCACAAAUACACAAAAACACACCUCAUUUGUGUGCAUUUUCCCAAACAUAUCUGAACACACCCUUCUGUAAUAUUUGGAGCGUGGAGAGCAAAGUGCUGUAAAGUUGAAGGAAUAUCAAGGUGCACACAGGCUGCAUCAUUUCUGUGUUCAAUGCAAAUGUGUAAGUGUGUGUUAUAGGAGAUUAUAGAGAAAUAAUGUACGUGUGUGUCUGUAAACUGUAUGUUUUUAAGUUGAAUCAUUCAUUGCUGUACGUGCCAAGCUCCAGGUGACCCUGAUCCACUGUAGUUUUUGUUUUAUCAUUCCACCUCUGUGUCUGUAGUUCAGAGACACUGACAUGACGUCUUAUGUAUCAGUCAUUAAAAUACACACAGGUAAAAAACUACAUGCAUCUGUGUUUCAUGGAUUAUUGUUGUGUUUUGUGAAUGAAUUUAUUAUUAUUAUUCUAUUUUUUUUUACUUGUUUGGAUGAGACAAGUACUGUGCUGAGUGCCAAGUAUUGCUCCAUCAAUCAAAUCCUGGAAUUUUCCCUUUGUGAUAAUUAUAUUCAAGUGUUUUCUUCCACAAGUUAAUUAUAUUCUGAAAGGAAAUUUGAUGGUAUUUAAUGAUCUGUUGUAA